AGAGCUCGCUGUCUGGGCGGCUGCGCUGUCUGGGCGACUCCCCGCUGGUUCCAGGGUGGUCGAGGGCGCGGGCAAAAUGCGAGCUGAUCUUGGCAGGCUGGGGUGAGCAGAGGCGCAGCUAUGACCAGCCCGAAGGGGCUUGACAGCUGCUGCGGUGGAGAGGAAGAGGAGAGGCAAGAGACAGCGCUCAAGAAAUUGAUCGUCCGGCUGGAAAAUGUCCAGGAAGGGAACCCGAUUAAGACUUUGAUCCAGAUCCUAGAGGAUCUCCUCGCCUUCGCUUCUUCACCAAGCGGUCCCAAAUUACUCCGUGGAAAAAAUAUCCACGUGCCUUUGCUUCUGGUUCUGGACUCUUAUAUGCGAGUGGCAGACCUGCAACAGGUUGGCUGGUCACUUCUUUGCAAACUGAUUGAAGUCUGUCCAGACAUGCUUCAAAAGCUAGCAGCUCCCCAAGGGGUUGGAAAGGAAUGGGAAGUGCUCGGUGUUCACCAGCAGAUUCUUAAGAUGCUUAAGAUCCACCACACGAAUGUACACCUUUCAAUAGUUGGACUAAAAGCACUGAAUCUGCUUCUUACUUCAGAUGAGAUAACACUCCUUCUUUUGGAAGAAGGGACUGAUGUGUUUCUGUUGGUAUUUGAUUCCAUGGACACCUUUUCUGAUAAUGAAGAGAUCCAGAAAUACGGAUGCCAAGCUUUGCAUACGCUGCUAGAAAAAGUUCCAGAGGAGCAACUGAUUGAAUUUGUUGAGGACCGAGAUCAUAUGAUCAUACUCAAUGUAUUUAAAAAAUUUCCAGAGAAAGAAAAUGUAGUACUUCUUGCACUUCAUUCUUUACACUCACUGGCUGGACCAUCCAGCAAUGUAGAAGUUCUUAUGUCUGGAAAUGUGAGGUGUUACAAUGUCAUAGUGGAGACAAUGAAAAUGUUCCCCCACAGUGAAUCAGUUCAUGAAGUGAGCUGCCGCUUGUUGCACAAGCUUACAUUGGGAAACUUUUACAAUAUCCUUGUGCUGAAUGAUGUCCAUGAAGUCAUUGUGCAGGCUGUUGGAAAGUACCCUGCAAAUGCAAAGCUACAGGCUGCAGGACUCAGCUGUUUGGCUCUUCUCACGGAAACAAUAUUUUUAAACAGAGAUUUGGAAGAAACAAAAGAGGAGGAAGAAAAGGAGGAAGAAAAAGAGGAAUUAUACUGGCUGGAAGCCUGUUAUAAAGCCUUAAAAUGUCACCGAAAAAAUAUUGAUGUACAGGAAGCUGCAUGUUGGGCUUUGAAUAAUCUCCUUAUGUAUCAACCUUGUCUUCAUGAGAAGAUUGGAGAUGAAGAAAAAAGGUUCCCAGCACACAGAGAAAUGAUGCUAGCCAUGUUGGUGCAUUCCAGCUCAAAAGAAGUAUUCCAAGCUGCUGCAAAUGCCUUGGCAACUCUAUCGGAACAGGAUGUAAGCAUUAGGAAAAUCCUGUUGGCAAAAGGAAUACAUAUGAAUGUGCUAGAGAUACUGAAGAAAUACUCCAGUUACCCUGAAGUUGCAGAAAGCGCUUGCAAAUUACUGAACCAUGCAUUUGAAGGAAGUUGCCCUCCCCUGGAUAUAAUGACAGUGGCUGCAUCCAGAGUUGUGAAGAUUAUGAGGAAGCAUAAAAAGUUGUUAUCUGUACAGCUAGAAGCACUUCAAGUUAUUUUACAUUUUAUGAAUCUCCGAGGAAUGAAAGAACAACUGAAUAGCUCCUCAGGAGAUGCUGACCUAGCUCUGACAUUAAAAGUUAUUAAAAACCAAUGUUUGUUGGAAGGGGCUCAUACACUAGUCCUGGAUGCUCUGAACAGGUUUGUUGGAAAUCCUGGUGUUCAGAAAUGUGGAUUUCAAAUCCUUUCUUCUGUAGUGGAAUGUUCAGGUGCUCUUGAAAUGUUGUUACACCAGGGAAUGACAGACACUGUGCUCCAUUCACUGCAAAUGUAUCCUGAUGAUCAAGAAAUACAGUGCCUAGGUUUAAGUCUCCUGAGAUCCUUGAUCUCAAGGAAAAAUUUAUGUAUCGCUACAAUACAUGUUCUGGCAACAGUUCUGGUUACCACUCUGCGACGAUUUAAGGAUGUUGUUCAAAUACAGACACACGUUUGUGAGAAAGGAAGCAAUCCUGAGUUGGUAGAACUGCUGCUGAACAGCGGUGCUCGUGAGCAGGAUGUUCGAAGUGCUCUAACAGUCAGCAUCAAGAAAGGAGACAGCCAAAUCAUUAGCUUGCUCUUAAAAAAGCUUAGUUUGGACAUAGCAAACAGCAGCAUCUGUCUUGGAGGAUUCGGUGUCGGUAGAAUUGAACCUUCUUGGAUGAGCCCACUGUUUCCAGAUAAACGAGCAUCCUUCAGAAAACCAACACAUUCAGGUUCUGCUUUGGCAAGAAUGGUGCUUAGAUAUCAGAGGAAAAGCAGUUAUGAAGACCAGGCAAAAUACAGUUCUGAUACAAAUACUGAAGAAUCUGCAUUGGAGAAAGGUGAUGAUUGGGCUUUCCUGCCUGACCCAUUAGUCGACAGUGUUUUCCAUCUGAAUUAUGAUGUCGAUAGUGAAGGGAGUGAAAGUUCAUUUAUAACAAAGAAGAAAUCCAGCUCUGUGACAGUUGGUGAUUUCCACAAAGAAAUGGCCUCAGAGGCAUGUUCUUCUACUCCCCAAAGGCAUUCCAUGGGAUCUGGGUCACAUUAUGAACCUUUAAGGGAUCAGAGAAGAAAAAUAAUGUAUUCUGAUGAAUGCCCCAAGGGCAUUUCUAAAUUCCAGUCAAGUUUAAAGAGGUCAGACAGUUUUUCUUCAUUGGUCUCUGACAAGGAAUAUAUUAAGUCAUUGGAUCUUUCAUCAAAUGAACUGGAGAAUAUAGAUAGCAUCUGUCAAUGCUCUUCCCUGAUAACUCACCUGGAACAUCUUGAGAAACUAGAGCUGCAUCAGAAUGCACUGUCUCAUAUUCCAGAACAACUUUGUGAGACUUUGAAACUUUUGAAUUACCUGGACCUGCAUAGUAAUCAUUUUACAUCUUUUCCCCUAUACCUGUUGAAAAUGCCUUGUAUAGCACACCUUGACAUCUCACGCAACGACAUUGGCCCUUGCUUUGUUCUAGAUUCUAAGAUUGUCUGUACCACUCUAAAGCUGCUGAAUUUGUCUUACAACCAGUUGUCAUGCGUUCCUGAAUUUCUGGCUGAUGUCGCCAAAAAACUGGAGCACCUUAUAUUAGAAGGUAACAAGAUUCCAAGUAUAUCCUCAUCUAUACAUUUGAAAGAACUGAAGGUUUUAAACAUUAGUAAAAAUGAUAUACAUUUCCUUGUUGAGAAUUUUCUGAAGGAGUGCUUGAAACUAGAGAUAUUAAAUGCUGGGAUGAAUUUACUUAAUACUAUACCAGACCUGCCAUCCAACAUAACUACAUUGAAAUUAUGUCAGAAUAGUUUUUCUAGUAUUCCAGAAGCAAUUCUUCUUCUCCCUCAUUUGCGUUCAGUAGAUUUGAGCAACAAUAAAAUCAUAAGCCUGCCUGGGCCUGUGCACUGGAAAUCCUCUAAUUUAAGGGAGCUAUUAUUCAACUGUAAUAAAAUAGACAUUCUUGACUUGAAUGAAAAACCUUUUUCGUGGUUUCGACUUGAGAAGCUGCACCUAUCCCACAAUCAGUUAAAAGAGAUCCCCCCUCAGAUUGGAUUUCUAUGUAACUUGACAUCUCUUGAUGUCAGUUAUAAUCCAGAUUUAAGAUCCUUCCCUGAUGAAAUGGGAAAGUUGUCCAAAAUCUGGGACCUCCCUUUAGAAGGGUUACAUCUUAAUUUGGAUUUCAAGCAUGUAGGAUGGAAAGCCAGGGAUAUUAUAAGGUUUCUUCAACAGCGUUUAAAGAAAGCAGUCCCUUAUAACCGGAUGAAACUCAUGAUUGUUGGGAAUACUGGCAGUGGCAAAACUAUGGUCUUGAAUCAACUAAUGAAAACCAAACGACCAGAACUGGGAAUUCAGAAGGCUACUGUGGGCAUUGAUGUGAAUGACUGGAAAGUUCAAGUAAAGGCCAAAGUAAAAAAAGAAGUAGUAUUAAAUGUCUGGGAUUUUGCAGGCCAAGAGGAAUUCUACAGUGCUCACCCUCACUUUAUGACCCAGAGAGCUCUGUACCUUGCUGUUUAUGACCUCAGUAAAGGUGAAGCUGAAGUGGAUGCUAUGAAGCCAUGGCUAUUUAACAUCAAGGCCCGAGCAUCAUCAUCCCCUGUGAUUCUCAUUGGCACCCAUUUAGAUGUAUCUAAUGAAAAGCAGCGUAAAGCUUGUGUCAGCAAAAUUACCAAGGAACUGCUGAAUCAGAGGGGAUUUCCAGUAAUUCAGGAUUACCAUUUUGUGAAUGCUACAGAAGAGUCUGAUGCCAUGGUCAAACUUCGAAAAACUAUCAUAAAGGAGUGUCUAAAUUUCAAACUGAGAGACCAGCCAGUUAUUGGGCAGCUAAUCCCAGACAGCUAUUUGGAACUGGAGAAGAAGAUUCUCGAGGCACGUUCUAAUGUUCCAACAGAAUUUCCUGUGAUUGACCAGAAACAAUUAUUAGAACUGGUACAAGAAAAUAAACUACAAUUGGAUGAAAAUGAGCUCCCUCAUGCUAUCCAUUUUCUGAAUGAAUCAGGAGUUCUUCUACACUUUCAAGACCCUGCACUUCAACUGAGAGAUUUGUACUUUGUUGACCCAAAAUGGCUAUGUAAAAUCAUAUCACAGAUCUUGACAAUUAAAGUUGAAGGCUUUCCUAAAUACCCAAAGGGAAUCAUCAAGCGUUCCGAUGUAGAAAAUUUCCUGUUGAAGAAGAGUAAAUUCCCCAAGAUUUACAUGUCACAAUACUUUAGGCUUCUGGAGAAGUUUCAGAUUGCACUCCCACUUGGAGAAGAUCAGCUCCUGGUUCCAAGCAGCUUGUCAGAUAACAGGCCUGUCAUAGAACUACCUCACUGUGAAAAUUCAGAAAUUAUCAUUAGGCUGUAUGAAAUGCCAUAUUUUCCAAUGGGAUUCUGGUCCAGGCUAGUCAACAGACUGCUUGAAGUGUCUCCAUAUAUGCUUUCAGGAAGAGAACGAGCUCUUCGUCCUAACAGGAUGUAUUGGAGACAAGGGAUAUAUCUGAACUGGUCACCUGAAGCAUACUCCCUAGUGGAAUCAGCAGUUUUUGAAAAUAAUCCAAAUAGUUUCCUAAAAAUUACUGUGCCUUCUUGCAGGAAAGGUUGCAUUCUCCUGGGGCAAGUUGUAGAUCACAUUGAUUCUCUUAUGGAAGAGUGGUUUUCAGGGAUGUUAGAUGUGGAUGUAUGUGGUGAAGGAGAAACACUCUUGAAGAAGUGGGCAUUGUAUAGUUUUGAGGAUGGUGAAGAGCAUCAGAAAAUACUGCUUGAUGACCUACUUAAAAAAGCAGAAGAAGGUGAUCUCUUGGUAAAUCCAUAUCAGCCAAAGUCUACCAUUCCAAUAGCCCAGAUUGCUCCUGAUCUAGUCCUGGCUGAUUUGCCUAGGAAUAUCAUGUUGAACACUGAGGAAUUACGAUUUAACCAAACACCAGAAUUUCUUCUGGGUGAUGGUGGAUUUGGAUCUGUAUACCGUGCUUCUUAUGGUGGUGAAGAAGUAGCUGUGAAGAUUUUUAAUAAGCACACAUCGCUUAGACUGCUAAGACAAGAACUUGCAGUGCUUUGCCACCUUCACCAUCCUAGCUUGGUGUUCUUACUGGCUGCAGCAGUGCGUCCCAGAAUGCUUGUCAUGGAACUCGCCCCCAAGGGAUCUCUAGAUCGGUUACUGCAGCAAGACAAUGCAACUUUAACCAGGACGCUCCAGCACAGGAUAGCUUUACAUGUAUCUGAUGGCUUAAGGUAUCUGCAUUCGGCAAUGAUUAUUUACCGUGAUUUAAAGCCUCAUAAUGUGCUGCUUUUCACACUGUAUCCUAAUUCAGCAGUCAUUGCAAAGAUUGCUGACUAUGGCAUUGCUCAGUAUUGUUGCAGAAUGGGGAUAAAAACUUCAGAAGGCACCCCAGGAUUUAGAGCACCAGAAGUUGCAAGAGGAAAUGUUAUUUACAAUCAACAAGCUGAUGUGUAUUCAUUUGGCUUGCUCCUAUAUGACAUUUUAACAGCUGGUGGGAGAAUAUUAGAAGGCAUGAAAUUUCCAAAUGAAUUUGAUGAACUAGCUAUCCAUGGAAAGUUGCCAGAUCCUGUAAAAGAAUAUAGCUGCUCUCCCUGGCCAGAAGUUGAAAAUUUAAUUACGAAGUGUUUGAAAGAAAAUCCCCAGGAAAGACCUACAUCUGACCAGGUUUUUGAUAUUCUGAAUUCUGCAGAACUCAUCUGCUUGAUGAGAGACAUCUCACUACCUUGUUCCUCUGCAUCUGAGUGCAUGGUCGCUACAAAUAAAAGCUGUAAGAAGACAGGAGUCUGGCUGGGUAGUGGGAACUCAGAAACAUGGCAGCUCUCAUUCAUUGACUUAAGUACAGAUGGGCAUACUUGUCAGGGCGUUACAGAUUCCAGAAUAUUGUGCUUGGUCCUGGUGACACUUCCUGCAGAAAAGGAAAACUGGAUUGUAGCUGGAACACAAGCUGGUUCUCUGUGGGCCUUUCACACACAAGAUGAGAAACACAAGCACCAGUUGCAGAAGAUGUCAGAUUCGGUCACGUGUCUUUACUACAACUCUUUUGCAAAUCAAAGCAAGCAGAAUUUCUUUUUAGUGGGUACUGCUGAUGGACAACUAGCAAUUUUUGAAGACAGAGCAGUAAAGUGCAAGGGUGCUGUACCUUUGAAGAUAUUGUUAGUUGGGAACGUCAGCACUCCACUUGUAUGUUUAAGUGAAUCUAAUUAUCCAUCUGAAAAAUACGCCAUCUGGGGAGGCUGCGGAACAAAGAUUAUCUCAUUUUCCAGUGACUUAUCUGUUUACAAACUCAUUGAGACAAAGACAAGCCAACUAUUGUGCCACAAAGCUUACAGUGAUGCCAAUAUUAUUUCAAUAGCAGUAGACAAAUCAAUCUACUUGGCAAAGAAGAAUAGUUAUUUUGUGGAAAUCUGGGAUAAGAAGACAGAGAAGCUUUGUGAACUAAUAAACUGUGUACAUUUUCUAAAAGAGGAAGUCCCAAAGCUGAGUAAAGAAGCCAAACAAAACCUUGCCUAUCCGGGAAGAGUGAAGACUAUCUGUUUGCAGAGGAAUACAGCCCUGUGGAUUGGCACUGGGGGAGGUCAUAUCCUGCUGCUUGACCUCUCCACACGCCUCCCCAUAAGGAUCAUAAGCGAUUUCUGUGAUUCUGUGAGACUAAUGACAACUGCCCAGCUAGGAAGUCUCAAGAAUGUUGUUCUGGUUUUGGGCUGCUGUUAUAAAAGUGGUAAAGACAACAAACUCAAUAAAGGAUUGCACACAUGUGUGUCUGUAUGGGACAUUAACCUGCCACAUGAAGUACAAAACCUGAGAAAACACAUUCAGAUAAGACAAGAGUUAGCAGAAAAAAUGAGGGGUUUAUCUUUGGAUUAAGUGACAAUGAAGAUGCGUCCUAUUAGCUGUAUAUUUAUUUUAUGGAGGAUUGUUGCAGGUGGGGGGAGGUGUCUCAGUCUAGCCCGACUGGAAUGUACAGUAGAAAUUCUCUGUGGAAUGCACCAAUUUUGUUUAAAAUGCAUAAACUAUAUUAGUGGCAGGACAGAGUAAUAAUUUCCCUGUGCUGCUAUCUUGGGGGUGGGGGGCAAAACUGCUUAUAAUAUAAGUACUGAAUUCCUUUGAUCAGCUUAAAUGUUGUCAGUUAUGGCACCCAUGUUUGGAGUAGUCCAUUGUUCCUUUUUAUAUCUACACAUAUGCAUUUACUUUAACUUUUUUUGAAAACUGUAGUUUUUGAAAUACAGCCUUGUGGUUAUUUAAAUAGAUGUCAGUCAGGUCCAUUUUCUUGCUAAAGCUAAAGAUGUUAGCAAGUUAAAUUCCUUCAUUGAAUGUUUUGGUGCUUGAAUGAGGAAAGAUAAGCCACUGAUGAUUUUGCACUAUAGUUGGGCACAUAAACCACAGAACAGUGGAAAUUGCUCACGCAAAUGUACAAUUUUGUUAACGCAUUAUGCAGAGCUGAGUACUGGGACUAGAUCCUGCUGUAAACAGAAUUUGUUAAUGUAGGUAAGAUUGUCAGCUGCUCCUGGUAUGACUCAGGUUUUAAGAUCCUGCAGUAUAAUCCCACAACAGAAUUUAGCCAUUCGUAGAUAUUUUAUCAUCAGAAGCCUGGUUACAAACAUCUAGCAUAUCACCCCCAGGAUGUCCUUUCUGCCUUUCACAUUGCCACUUUGUUAACAAACCUGCAUUAAUACUCAAACUUUCAGAACAAAAACAUGUUUAAAUGUUGCACAUGAACACCAGUGCCAUGUGCACUGUGACAAUCUAGAGUCACAAGGAGAAGGGUUUUUUUAAAAAAAGAAAGAAUCUAACUGCAGCCUUCUCAGUGAGGUAUUGCCAGAGUCCUUGGAUAGCUUACAGUUUUGGAUAACUCUUAUCUCUCAAUACAGGAUUAAUACUGGAGCUCCUGAAGAAGAGCUCACUCGUUUUAUCUAUCUGGUGUCAAAACUGCACAUAGAGUGAUAGUUGUGAAGCUGCCAUUUAAUUUGUUCUUAUUGUGAGUCUGCUGCAAAUAUAUUUAUUCUGCCAUUUAUAACUUAAAAACUGUACAUUGUUGUUAAAAAUAAACUUUUAUAUCUUUUGCAUAAAA